UCUGGGUCUGCCCUGCUGGAUUACUGUGUCCUAUUCCAUUCCUUGCUUCAUUUACUGUGUACUUUACAGAGAUAGGGGGGUGCCCAUCUUCAGGAUUGUAGGCUCCUGUACUGCCCAUGGGAAGAACAUGCAUUCUGGGAUAUUGGAGGAACCAGACAUGGAUUCCACAGAAAGCUGGAUUGAAAGAUGCCUCAGUGAAAGUGAAAAUAAACGCUAUUCCAGUCAUGCAUCUCUGGGCAAUGUCUCUAACGACGAAACAGAUGAAGAAAAAGAAAACAGAGCAUCAAAACCACAUUCCACACCUGCCACUCUCCAAUGGUUGGAGGAAAACUAUGAGAUUGCAGAAGGCGUAUGCAUCCCGAGGAGUGCGCUCUACAUGCAUUACUUGGAUUUCUGUGAGAAGAACGACACACAACCGGUGAAUGCAGCAAGUUUUGGAAAGAUAAUUAGGCAACAGUUUCCCCAGUUAACCACAAGAAGACUUGGUACAAGAGGGCAAUCAAAGUACCAUUAUUAUGGUAUUGCUGUCAAAGAAAGUUCUCAAUAUUAUGAUGUCAUGUACUCAAAAAAAGGAGCAGCUUGGGUCAACGAGACGGGGAAAAAAGAAGUCACCAAACAGACAGUGGCGUAUUCACCCCGGUCCAAGCUCGGGACGUUACUGCCAGAGUUUCCAAAUGUCAAAGAUCUAAAUCUGCCAGCCAGCCUUCCAGAAGAAAAGAUUUCUACGUUUAUUAUGAUGUAUCGUACUCACUGCCAAAGGAUUCUGGAUACAGUAAUACGUGCUAACUUUGAUGAGGUUCAAAGUUUUCUCCUGCACUUUUGGCAAGGAAUGCCCCCCCACAUGCUCCCUGUCCUGGGCUCCUCCACGGUAGUAAAUAUAGUUGGGGUGUGCGAUUCCAUCUUAUAUAAAGCAAUCUCUGGAGUACUGAUGCCAACUGUGCUGCAAGCUCUCCCAGACAGCCUCACACAAGUGAUAAGGAAAUUUGCAAAACAGUUGGAUGAGUGGUUAAAGGUUGCUCUCCAUGACCUCCCAGAGAAUCUGCGUAAUAUCAAAUUUGAGCUCUCGAAAAGAUUUUCCCAAGUCCUUAGAAGGCAAACAUCUUUAAACCACCUGUGCCAGGCAUCAAGAACAGUAAUACACAGUGCUGAUAUCACAUUCCAGAUGUUGGAAGACUGGAGGAAUGUUGAUCUUAAUAGCAUUACCAAACAAAGCCUUUACACAAUAGAGGACUCCCGAGAGGAACACAGGAAACUCAUUAUUCAGUUGUACCAGGAGUUUGACCACCUUUUGGAAGAACAGUCUCCCAUUGAGUCGUACAUUGAUUGGCUGGACUCCAUGGUGGACCGAUGUGUGGUGAAAGUGGCUAGCAAAAAGCAAGGGUCCCUGAAGAAAGUAGCACAGCAGUUCCUACUGAUCUGGUCCUGCUUUGGAACAAGGGUUAUUCGAGACAUGACAUUACAUAGUGCACCAAGUUUUGGUUCUUUUCACCUGAUUCAUUUAAUGUUUGAUGACUACGUGCUAUAUCUCUUGGAAUCUUUACACUGUCAGGAAAGGGCGAAUGAGCUCAUGAGAGCGAUGAAAGGGGGUGUCCGCAAUGAGGUGAGAGAAGAAAUCAUGCUGGCAGAAUCAACUAUUUCCACACCAUCUCCAGUUCCUUUCUCACCAGCCACAUCUUCAGUGUCGGUGGAAAUUCCAGCAUCAGUCUCACCUGCCAGCAAUCAGUCUCCUGAGGGCAGCACCGUACCAGUUACAACAGGCACAAUGCAGUCGUACACGUGGUCUCUUACCUACACUGUUACUAAAGCUGCUAAUGGUUCAGGAGAAAAUGGACAGCAAGUCAACUGCAUGAGAAGUGCACACGUACCUCCUUCCGUCACACACAGGAUACCUGUUUAUCCACAUCGAGAUGACCAUGGAUAUACAGGAAGUUACAAUUAUGGAAGUUAUACCAACCAAGGACAUCAUCCAAUCGGAACACAGUACACAUCUAUACCACAUGAGUCUGGUAUUUCAGGACCACUUCAUUACACAGCCUACAGAAGUACCACUCAGUAUCCAUUCAAUAGCCAGACACGAAUGGAACCAUGUCUUAUGAGCAGCACGCCAAGACUCCAUCCCAGCCAAGUAGCACCACGAUGGCCAGAGGUUGCAUCAACCAACUCAUGUUACACAAGCUCGCCCAUGCACUCUGCAAGAUAUGGAAGUUCCAACGAUGUUUAUGCAUCAUUAGCCCCACGUCGGAACUCUGAAUAUGAGCACAUGCAACAUUUCCCAGGCUUUGCCUACAUAAAUGGGGAAGCAAGCACAGGAUGGGCAAAAUGAAAUUCAUUUUGAUUAACUUUUUUUUCAAUGGAUUCAUACAGACUGUAUUUCUGGCUUCUAAAAAGUGGUAUAAAUAUGAGAGAAACAAAAAUAAUGGACACAUUGUACAGUGAAAAUUCCUUGUAGCAAAAUUAAACUUAUUGCUUCUCUAGGGAACUCUGUGGCCCCAGAUUGAGUCUUUUUUAUGGUUAAUUGUUUUCUUCACUUGAUCCAAUAUGGUGUAUGUUAACGAUAUAAAUUACUUUCUGUUCUAACCAUUGUUGCAUUCUGUAGUUCAGGUAUAGCCAUCCUGAAGCUGAGCAUCAUGGGAGUUGUAGUUCAGCAACAGAAGAACCUCAUGCAAAUUCAACAACAGCUAAUUAGGUGCAGGCUAGUUGUUCUUCUGUAGAUGAUGCAGGUGGUGGAUUGAUUAUAUUUAUUGACACAAAUAAUGAGUUUGAUGCUAAUUUGGCUUCUGUUAAUGAAAUAAUAUCUAGGAACCAAGUGCCAUCUCAGUGUUCCUGUCUAGAAAACGUAUUUGUUUAUCUGGAUCUUGACUUGGUUUCAUUCACCUUCAGUGGAGCUAAUGAAGAG